CUUCAUCCGGGUAUUUUUUGUAAUCAUUACGUCAGCAGCGCUAGGUCAUCGUUAUCCCAUAAUACUGCAGUCAUGGCGCAGCCAGCAACAAGUGACUCGAGUCCUGAAACUGAUCGUGAUUUUGAUGUAACAGCGGAGAUGAUGGUUCACGACUAUGAUGAUGAACAAACAAUGGAAGAAGAAGAGCAAAAUGAGAGUGGAGAAAGUUUCAGCAAUAAUGAACUGGAUGAACUAGCUCAGGAUGCAGAAAUUCCAAUGGAAGACCUUUUAGCCAUGUACCUCCCUCCUGAAGGGGGAAACCCUGCAGAAGAUGAAGAAGAGGAGGAAGAGGAAGAAGAGGAGGAGGAAGAACUAACAAACGGAGAAGAAGAGCUCACUAAUGGAGAGACAGAAGAAUCCCUUCCAAACGAUGUAUAUUCAGAGUCCAGAGAAUCAACCAACACCAGGGAUAGCACCCAAAGAUUACUAAGAUCCAGUACAAAUGCUGAUGAUGAAUCAGAAUCAGGUUCAGAAGACUCUGACUAUGUACCAGUAGAUGACUGGAAAAAGUGUAUAAAUGUAGGUUCUGACUUCCAAGCCGUAGUGCCUGAAGGCCUUAGUCAUUAUGAUGAUGCACCAGUAUAUGAGAAUGAAGAUAGGCUAUUAUGGGAUCCGUACAAGCUGCAGGCAGCUGAUACAGAGCGCUUUCUAGCCCAAGUUCAUCAACCUGUAGCAGGCAUGCAAGGCAUUAGGGCAUUGCCAUCUGGGUGUCACAUCAGAGAUGAUGAAAGGACCCUUUUCAUCCUCCUACAAUGUGGGCACAAUGUAGAGGAAGCAUUGAGGCGGCAUCGGAUGCAGAUGGCACCACCAGCAGAUGAGAUGAGCCUCUGGUCAGAGGAGGAGUGUAGAAACUUUGAGAGUGGUCUCAGAACAUAUGGCAAGAACUUCCAUCUAAUUCAUCAACACAAGGUGAGGACGAGAUCUGUUGGUGAGUUGGUCCAAUUUUACUACCUCUGGAAGAAAACGGCACGUCACGACAUGUUUGCAAAUCAAAGCAGACUAGCGAAAAAGAAAUAUCACCUUCAUCCAGGAAUCACGGACUACAUGGACCGGUUCCUGGAUGAUAUCGACAACAGUAUGAGUCCUCCACCUGCCCAGUCUCUCCUGGACAAGACAAGGAUGAAUAAACCACCCAAUCAAGUCACCAUGAUGGCUCUCAAUGGAGUGCCAGACCUUCAGAACUGUUCUGCAGCAAUCGGUGGCCUUGCUAGUGGUGACCUCCCUCACGAAGCUUCAGCCUCAGGAACGUUAGGAACCUCCUACAGCUCUCUUCCUUAUGCAAGCACCCGUUCCAUGCCCAUAACCUCGGAAGACGGUGUACCUCCCGCUAAGAAACAGCGACUAAAAGACAAUGACCUCUCCGUCCUGGAGAACCUGAACAAUUUCCUAGAUAGCAAUGGAGGAAUGAACAUCACAAACUCUGCUGCAGAGCUUCUUGCUCCCAUUGAUGUGCCCCCUGCAGCCAAACCCUCCCUGGCGCACAAUUUACAGAACUUGGAUCCUAGUGCAAAGGGCUUACUGCCUUCACAGAGUGUGGUUACUAUUGGAAGUGGGUUCAAAACAACGGAAGGGAUGUCAAGAGAAAAGUAUAGUUCAGUCGUCAGCCAAUGAUGGACACGCGUUAUGUGCUGCAGUAUUCUGUGUUAAUAUGUAAAUAAGCCAGAGAGAUGCAAGAUAGAGUUUAUGUGAUCCAUCUUUUUGUACCACCUGGUUGUAUCUUUGUAAAAAAUAAGAUAAGUAAAAAAAAAUUAUGGUAGAAGAAAGGACGUGAUCUUGUUUGCGGAGUUGGUGUGAAGUUUGUUUGAAGUGACGGGAUACCACUACAAACAGAUUAGCUCAACGUGAGGAAUUGUAAUUCUUUGCCAUUAUCGCAAUCCUCUAUUUCUUCCUCACUUUCCUGUCAUGAAAUUUUACCAUUACUGUGAAUCUUAAGACUAUAUUCCUCCCUGUUCUCUUAAAUCUUUUAUUUUCCCCCCAAUAAAGAUGUUCUAAAAUAUAAAUAUAUAUCAUGUUCUCAGGUGAAGAGAGGUAUUGAAAUAGAAAGUUAAUGAAAAGGAAGGACUUUAUCACAAAGUUUACCGUGAAGGCAUUGCGUGAUGAUUCAUUUUUUUGGAGUUGUGUGCAAUGAUACAUAUUGGUAGCAUCAUAUUUUUCUGUUCGUUCUUUGUAUAUGUAACCGACCAUUCCUUUUUUAAUAUAGAAAUCCAUAUCUUAUGUCAUUUUUACAGACACGAAUGCUUCAUUUUUCCCUCCUAAGAUACAUCUAUGUAGAUACAAAAAAAUUCCUAUAGGCCUUGCCUGUGAUCGUACAUGUCAUCAUCUCAUGUAAGUGUGCACAUAACCAAAUACAUUUCAUUUGUAAGCCAUCCCAGAUGAGUUUUCAUAAAUCAGAUUAAAUUUGGUUGUGUAAGAAACCAACCAGAAGACUGACAGCUUUCAGUCCUCUGUGAGGGACUGGUCGGUGAUAAAUGUUUUACUAAAAUGCACCCGAGUGUGCACUUGGUUUUCAAGUUGCUACUUUCAAGUUUUAACUAUUGCUUUUUAUAAUCUUACAUGCUUCCAUUAGGUUUCAUUAAAAAGGAAUUGCUUAAAAGAAGAUAAAGCUCAGAUGCAUAUCAACUGUAAUAGUGACUGGGCAUCAUUAUUUUAUGGUUAUCUUUAUCUCAGCCAUAAUAAUAUAGAGGCUGAGGAGAAAUAGAAUGAUGAAUCGAUUUAUUUCAUGUCGUUUAGUAGGUCAUUUGAAUAUAUUCGAUCUAGAUUAGCCAUUAUUGUAGUCAAGUUAUGGCUGCAAUGAAGUAGAGUAGCCAUUGAGCAUUUGGGCUUGAACCAAAUUUUCUUACUCUGCACAACCGCCCAGAUAUUUAUUGUAAUCUCUAGUUUUUUAUGGCAACUAUUUGAGGCACAAUGUCACACAUUUUCUCCACGGGCCCUUUUCAGUCCCGGUGCUGCUGAAACUCUCAGUUGUACCACUGCCUGGGUGAAGCAUGCCAAACAUAGAUAUAUGUCUUUUGAAAGAAUAGGGGGACUAUGAAGAAAUCCAACCAUUUAUUGUGUGUCUUCUUGACCAGACACUUGCAGCUUUGGAUUUUACACUGCCAGUUGAUUGGUUGUUGUGGUGGGGGGGGGGGGGAUAUUUCACUAAGAGUUGGGUCUAACUAAUUUCUGCUUUUGUGCCAACACACACAUGUUAUUUAAAGCUUAAUCUCAUUAAUAGAUCUUGGGUAGAUUGUGUCUCAUGAUCUGACCAAUACCUUGAUGCUUAUACCACAGGCAGGGCUCGACAUUAGCAGUGGCCAGGUGGCCCGGGGCAACAAUAAAUGGGAGUCGGACCACCAAAUUCUACAAAUGCCAACACCUGGGGGCCCUGUUGGGCUACCAAAGUUUGAUAAAUUCUAAUGUUUUCUAUUGUGUUAGGGCCACUAGAAUUGCUUUGCGAGCCACCAAAAAUAUGAAAUUGAUUUUGGUGAACCAAUCGGGCCACCAACAAAAGAUGUUAGUGUGGAGCCUUGCCACAGGCAAAUGGAAAUAAAAGUUUGAUUUUUAGUCACUCUUUGUGAAACCGUUGCUGAUUGAUGACCAUUCUGGCUAUGGGAGCACUGCUGUUAGCAUGUUGAAAUUGUGUAGAAAGCUGAUAUUUGAUUAGAGUGAAAAUGUAUUCAGAAUGUUUUCACCCUUAAGCAGUGGUGUGGCAUUGCCUCCCCGACCACCUACUAACAAUUGAUCUUUUUCUGUGACUCUGCCCUUAGCUUUAUAACCAGGUGGGUGUUUCAUAAAGCUGUUCGUAAGAUACGAACGACUUUACGCACGACUGGUGAACCUUUCUUGUGCUAUGUGAUAUCACUGAGUAAUUGAGUUAUGACCUAAGAACAUGUUCCAGUCAUGCUUUAAGUCUUUCGUUACUUUACGAACAGCUUUAUGAAACACGCACCAGAUUAGGCAGCUGUGUAUUUGGGACCUGCUUUCUUAUCUUUAGAUGCGAAAAUAUUAAAUUAUGUGUAAUAAAUUGUGGCUUCUCAAAUGUGUGUGUGCACAGUAAUAAGGUUUUUACAGAUUAUCUUUCAAGAGCUUGUUACCAUCAGGGUCUCAUAUCACAAAGGUUAGUGUUUAAUCAUAUAGUUAGUUAGUUUUAUGAUUAAUUGCAUGUUAUAGUCUAUGCUAUCGAACAUACAAAAGUUACACGAUGAUUGCUAAGCUUUGUGUUAGGGGCACCUGGGGACCAACCUUAAAAUCACUUUUCUAAAAAUAUGACUUGGGAUUUGAACCAUGAACCCCUUUUCUGGUUGUUUAGGGAUAUUUCCUACAGUGCUGUAUCCUAAUUCAUUGACAAUAACUUCAUACAUUUUGGUGCUUACAUAUUAUAGCUGCUAUAUCACAUUCAGAUUUAAAGA